GGAAAUUGUGUGAUUGACAGACGAGCUUGCCCAGCCCGUUAUAUUUCUCAACUUGUACGAAGACGCGUUUUUGGUGCGAAGCCGCUGUGAAACUGCGUUCUGAAAUCAAGAGAAAUAACCUGCUACAAUGGCGCAUGGUCGAGGAGUAAACCAGGAGCUAUCUCACGUUCUAAAUGAGUUGUGGAAGCUGGAUGUCAACCGUUUGAAGCCCGGGGCAGACUAUGUCAUAUCUCUGCAGGGCAGGGCGGGGUAUGUGAGCCGCGGGAGUAACAGCGCCACGGACCACGCACACGCCUCGCUCUUCUCUUACGUCGACGAGCAGAAGCUGAAGAGCAUCGAGACCUAUGCACGUUUCAUCAACCUGCUGGAUAACUACGAGAUGUCCACGGGCACAGCUGAGACGGUCACCGCGCAGGAGGAGGAAGAGAAUCGCCUCUUCCUGGACGCCAUCAUGAAGACCGAGGUCAUGAAGCACGCUCACCAAUACCUGGUCCGCAAAGGCCAGUCCCCGCCGGACAGCCAGCAGUUCAAGAGGCAGCUGUACGACAUCUGGUUCCGUCUCUACCACCGCAACAGGCACUGCGGGGCGGACUCCUGCGGCUUCGAGCACGUGUUCGUCGGAGAGACCCGGCACGGCAGGGAGAUCAUGGGCUUCCACAACUGGGUGCAGUUCUACCUGCAGGAGAAGUGCCGCCACGUGGACUACAAGGGCUACAAAGCCCGGGACCGGAAGAGCACGCCGGACGAGGACGACCACGUGUUGAACCUGCAGUUCAGCUGGAAGGGUCUGCUGAAGCCGGUGGGCAGCUCCUUCAUCGGCGUGAGCCCCGAGUUCGAGGUGGCCCUCUUCACCAUCGUCUUCCUCUCCUCCGCCGAGCCGGAGAUCCACACCUUGGUCCAGCUGGACGAGUACCACCUGGAGGUGGUGGUGUACCGCUUCGGGGCCUCCAUCGGGACCUCCUACCCCAAACUCCUGACCAGCAACAACUGUCCCCUGUAGGGCGGCGCGCCGCCGGCCGCUCGCUGAUCCGGGAUCAGCUGUAGCCGCGAGCGCAGGGCGGCCGGGGUUAGGGUCCGGGCCCCGCGGCUGAUCCCAGAUCAGUUCUCGGAGGCCUGACAGUAGGCUUUGUUAUCGUUUUAGUGCCUUAGUGUUAGCACAUACAUGAGCCCAUGUUAUGGCUGUGAAAAUGUGCCCCGUUUUGGCAUCAGGUCCGCUUGCUUUCAGUAUUUUGCUUACUCUUGUUUUUUUGCAAUACUUACACGACAAUUCAAGACAUUUCGGACUAUAACUGUUAUAAUUGCCUGACGCAUUUCAACAUUUCUCCUCUUUUUUUCCGUUUAAUGUGAAUUAAUUUCUCGAGAAACAUUUUUUCAAUUACAAAUGUAUUGGGAUGAUCAGUCGCUCUGUGUUAUGUUGGGAGGUUCGGAAUCUCUUGGCUGCCACCAGAAGUUGCUUAACGGGGACUGACGCAAGUGAAUUAUACUGCAAAAUGUGAAGGAAUGUUUAAAAUAUAACAAUUACAUUUAUUGAUAAAAUACAUAUACACACACCAAAGUCAUUGCUCUGUUUAUCAGCUAAUGUAAUAAAUCUUACCACUGCAAACCUUU